UAUGAAUAUUUUAAACAAAAAGUUUUCUAUAAAUAUGAUAUACAUUUUAUGAACAAAUCAUCAAUUUAACUAAGCGUUCACCCAAAACAGCACCCAUAAGAAACUCGAUCGUUAAAUCUUCCAUUACGUCAAAAAUGUCACGUAUGCGAUGGACAGACGAUCGCCAUCACCUCUUUGUUCAAGCUGUUGAAUCUCUUGGUGGCGAAAGGAAUGCAACACCUAAGACAAUUUUAAAUCGUAUGGGUGCGAGAGACAUUACAACAUCACAAAUUAAAAGCCAUCUCCAGAUGUAUAGGAAGAAGAAGGAAAGAGAUUCCAGAAAAGAAAGGAGAAUGAUACGGCAAUUGAAUCAGAGGCAGUCCCAACAAUAUGUUCAGAUCUAUGAAAACCUUCGAGAUGAUGUCCAAAUUGAAGAAAGUCCUGAGAUGGUAAACCCAAUGGAAGUAUCUUGCAAGUCUCUCUAUCAAUCUUGCAUGGUGGGACUAAAUGAAAACAGAGACAAUGAUGUCGUUGUUGCUGAGGAUGGUGCGAAUGGUGAAGAAGACAUAUCCCUUGAACUCACUCUUGGUCUCAAGUACUAAGAGGACUUUGGUUUCUAUCUUUUGUUUUUUAAGCUUGCUCUCUAUUUUAUGUAAUGCUUAUCUCAUAUGCAUAAUGGGAUAAGAAAAAUAAAAGUCAAACAAUAUGUU